AUGUCCGAGUACUCCACAUCCAACACCGAAGACCUCAGCUUGCCCAAGGCCACAGUCCAGAAGAUCAUUGGCGAGAUCUUGCCUAAGGACAUCGCCAUCACCAAGGAGGCUCGCGAGGCCAUCACCGAAUGCAGCAUUGAGUUCAUCAUGAUGCUCUCCACACAGUCCAACGACAUUGCCGAGAAAGAGGCCAAGAAGACGAUAGCGUCGGACCAUGUGAUCAAGGCGCUCGAGGAGUUGGACUUCAAGAACUACCUCGAGAUCAUCCAGAAGAUUCUCGACGAGCACAAGGAGUUGCUCAAGGGCAAGGAGAAGAAGAACAACAAGUUCCAGAACUCGGGACUCUCGGAGGAGGAGUUGUUGAGGCAGCAGGAGGAGUUGUUCAAGAAGUCCCGCGACAGGUUGCAGAGCACCACCGGGGGCGACGAGGACGGAGCUGUCAAGAUCGAGUAG